UGAAAUCUAGUAUAAAAUCAAAAUGCUUUAUAUUAAAGACGGGAGGGAGUAUAUACAAAACUAAAAUGGCCACAUGCAUUAAGGCAGCCAUGCUGGCCGAUAUAUCUUGUUACAUAGAACUGUCAAGUCAAAUUCUAGGUGGAUAUCCUAAGGAAACAAUUUUAUUAUUGUUUCAAGCUGAAUUAUCUUUUGAAGAUUUAUCUGUAAAGUCAAAUAUCUUGGCUCCAUUUUUUUCCCCUUUCCUUCUGCCACUAAUUUAGACAUUUCUGUUUCAGACAAAAAAGUGAACAACAGCAUAUAUUCUGAUCUUCUUUUUUUUUUGUUUCAGUUCAUUCCUAGUCUUCCACAACCUUUUCAUAUAUCUCUGCUGACUGGAGAAGAUCGAUCAAUAUUUUCGCUUUUAUAGGUGGGAGAAAUGGAAAUGGGAAGAAAAUCCCAUCUCCAGGUUUCUCUUGUACUCCCAUUUUCCCUCUUGAUUCUGCUGUUUCUCCCCGGAAUUGCCACGUCAUUCAGAACCCAUGAUGGAUCAGAAUCUUGGGGUUACGUUCAAGUUAGACCAAAGGCACAUAUGUUUUGGUUGUACUACAGAAGUCCUAACAGAGUUCAUGAUCCAACUAAACCAUGGCCAAUCAUUCUUUGGCUGCAGGGUGGACCUGGUGCUUCAGGAGUUGGAUUGGGGAAUUUUGAAGAGGUUGGGCCUUUGGAUUUGUCCUUGAAGCCAAGAAAUUCAACUUGGUUACAGAAAGCCGAUCUUCUGUUUGUGGAUUAUCCAGUUGGAACUGGAUACAGCUUUGUGGAAGACGAGAGUUUGUUCGUGAAGACGGAUGUGGAAGCUGCAACUGAUGGCACUACUCUGUUGAUGGAGAUUUUCAAUCGGAAUGAGACAUUGCAACAGAGUCCUCUGUUCAUUGUUGCAGAGUCUUAUGGGGGAAAAUUUGCUGUCACUCUUGCUUUAUCUGCUUUAAAAGCUAUUGAAGCUGGAAAGUUGAAGCUUAAACUUGGAGGAGUUGCAUUAGGGGACAGUUGGAUAUCACCAGAGGAUUUUACGUCUUCAUGGGGGCCUCUUCUGAAAGAUGUCUCUCGGCUUGAUAACACUGGCCUGCAGAAAUCUAACAGUCUUGCUGAACAAAUAAAGAAGGAGUUGGAGGCUGGUAAUUUCAGUCAGGCCACUGAUUCAUGGAGUGAAUUGGAAGACCUUAUAAGUCAAUACUCUAACAAUGUGGAUUUCUACAACUUCUUGCUGGAUUCAGGGCAAGAUCCAGUGUCACUGACUGCAUCAGAGCUAAAACAAGGAGUAGCAAUAAAGAGGUACUCAAGAUACCUUCAUACAUUUAGGGAUUCUCAUUCUCCUGGAGGCGAUGGUGAUAUUGAUAGCUUGAUGAACGGGGUUCUGAAAAAGAAGUUCAAUAUUCCCAAUAAUGUUUCAUGGGGAGGUCAAUCGAGCUUUGUUUUUGAUGCCCUUCGCGGCGAUUUCAUGAGGCCAAGAAUCGAUGAGGUUGAUCAAUUAUUGGCUAAAGGAGUUAAUGUGACAGUCUAUAAUGGGCAGGUGAGUUUGCACUUUGAAGACGCACAAUAGACAUUAUCUUUCUUUCACCAAUAAAAAUGACCUCAAUUUUUCAAUUAUUCGACACGAUGAGCAAAAAGAUUCAAUUCUAUAUUAAAGACUUGUAGUUAUUCUGCUAACAUAUCGUUUUUGGUAAUGGUAGCUGGAUCUUAUUUGUGCUACCAAGGGAACAAGUGCAUGGGUAGAGAAGCUCAAGUGAGCAAUAUCCAAUUUGGACCCUAACCUUUUCCCUUCUUUGAUUUUGCGCGCGCACACACACACACACACUACAAAAUUAAUAAUAAUUUGUGUGAUCAAACAGGUGGGAUGGUAUUAAAUCAUUUCUGGAAAUGGACAGAACUCCUUUGUAUUGUGGAGAUGACAGAACUUCCACAAAAGCAUUCACAAAAUCGUACAAAAAUCUACACUUCUUCUGGAUUCUUAAAGCUGGUCACUUUGUAAGUCCAAGCCAGGUUCACAAAAUCAUACAAAUCCCUUCGUCCCAAAACGAUUAUCAUCAAAAAAACAGGACAAUCAUUUCGGGAUAAAGAGAGUCAUUAACUUCUGUAUAAGUCUUCCCUCAUAGUUAAGAAUCAUUCUGUAAUUUCUAUGUCAGGUACCCGUUGACCAGCCUUGCGUAGCGUUGACAAUGGUAGGCAGCAUCACCCAGUCCCCUUCUGCUACAAAGUAGAGAAGCAUUUCACGAUUUGGGACGAUUUUUUUUUUUUUUUUUUUUUCUUCAAGAUUUUGCGAAUCAUCUUCGUAAAGGAAGAGAAAACACACAGUUACAUUACACAAAAGAUUAAAAAGAAUACGCAAUUCUUGUAAUACGAUAGGGUACAUUUCUUUUUAGUACAUUACUUAGUUAUGGUCAUUAAUUUCUCUUAGUUCAACAUGUACCAGUCUCUGUUCAGAUAUAUCUAUACAAGAACAAGUUCAGAUUCUGCAGAAACCUAAAAUCUCCAAACAAAAUCAUACAAGUUCUGACACUUUCGUUUUAGCGGG